UUUGUUUGCUACUUUUGCCAUUCACCUAUCUCGCAUACGUUCUCAGCUGAUUGGCGAAAAUGUAAACAAAACGUGAUUCGAUGUGCCGCCAUGCCGCCUAAAUCGAGCAACAAGAAAAACCAAGCAACUUGGUAUCAUUGCGAAAAAUGUAACGUGCACAUUACGACCAAAUCUCGCGAUACACACGACCGCAUCUGUCCCAUUGGCGAUGAAGUGCAGAAAGUGGAAGCGGACGCAGAAUUUGUACGUAAUGGCGUACUCUAUACUGCAAGUCUGCUGCAAAAGAACUUUGAGGUGGAAUCUCUGAAAGAACUACCAGCCAAAUAUGCCAAUAUGCUGAUUUUUAUAUCGGAAGGAGCUAUUAAGCUGGCCGAAUUCCAUAUAGGCCAACACGUGGUGAUUAGAGCAGCAGCAGUGGACGGCACAGAAGUGGCGCCUUUGGUGCGCAUUGUUUGGCCGGUUCCAGAACAGUUCCUGACUACAGUUUUUGCUACAGCAGCAGACUACAAACAGAACUGGACAUCGCUACGUGGCAAAUCGCUGCGCAUCUCAGCGCUGGACAGCAGUCAACUCGUUGCUGCAGCGUGCAUCAAUUUGAGGCAACUUGACGAAAGCGAAGCUAAGCUAGAGCCCGAGCAGCUGCCUGAUGUGGCCGCUGUGGUUAAGCGCGAGAUUGUCAAUCAAAUUUAUAGCCAAGGCAGCGUUAUUCACUUGAACUUCUUCAACAAGCAACUCUCAUUCAGCUUGGACAGCUGGCAAGGCAUUGAAGAGCAAGCUCUAGAGGAUGCCUUGUCACGCCUGAGCCUGGAUAAGUCUCAGCAGUUUGUGCAGAUUACAAAUGUGACCAGAGUGGAGCUGCUAAGCAAGCCAGUGGUUCAAGAAACUCAGCCGGAGCAACGCAUUACCAAAGCAAAGAUUGGCGGCUUGACGAAACAGCUUCAGUUGGUGGAGGAGAGCAUGGACUAUGCCCUGGGCUAUAAGCCUUUGCCAGCAGGCGUCAAAGUGUCGCGUGGUUUGCUGCUCUACGGCGCCAGCGGCUGUGGCAAAUCCCUGGUCCUGGAGGCCAUGUGCGCCGCUGCCCAGGAACGUGACCCGCAAGUGCAAAUUAUACGCAUCAAUAGCGGUGAAGUCUACAGUAAAUUUUUGGGCGAAACAGAGCAAAAGCUGAGCGCAUGCUUUGAGCGUGCCUAUUCGCAUUAUCCACGCGCCACAUUGAUGCUCCUGGAGGAUGUGCAGACGCUGUGUCCCAAGCAAGAAAACAGUGAUCUAGUGAAGCGCGUUUCGUUGGCGUUUAUGGCACUGCUCGAUCAGCUAAGUAGCAGUAAUCGCAAGGAGGCUCAACGCACUUUUCUACUGGCCACCAGCUCUCAAAUCGAGGCACUGCAUCCGAGUAUAAGACGCGCUGGACGCCUGGACUGUGAGCUGGAAUUGGGUGCACCAACACCGCAAUCCCGUCGUGAAAUAUUACAAUGCCUGCUGCAGUCGGUGAAGCACAAGCUGAGCGUGGAGGAAAUGGAGCAGAUUGCCAGCAUAACCCAUGGUUAUGUGGGAGCUGAUCUGGCCAAUUUAGUUUAUGCAGCCACACUAACAGCCCUCAAAGAAGACACACGUCCGUUGGAACUACGCGAUCUGCAAUCAGCUCUAACACACGUCAAGCCCUCCGCUAUGCGAGAGGUGUUAAUCGAGAAUCCCAACGUGUUGUGGUCUGAUAUUGGAGGCCAGGCAGCACUUAGAUUGACCCUACAACAAGCCAUUGAAUGGCCGCUGCUGCAUGCGGAAAAGUUCAAGCGUUUAGGCAUUAAACCUCCACGAGGCGUGCUCAUGUUUGGUCCACCAGGCUGCUCCAAAACCAUGAUUGCCAAGGCGCUGGCCACGGAGAGUAAACUCAACUUUUUAUCCAUCAAGGGACCCGAGCUGUUCUCCAUGUGGGUGGGUGAAUCGGAACGUGCAGUGCGUGAAGUGUUUCGCAAGGCACGUCAAGUGGCUCCAGCUAUUGUAUUCUUCGAUGAGAUCGAUGCCAUUGGCGGAGAACGCUCCGAGGGAUCCUCUGGAAGUGGUUCGUCGGUCAAGGAACGCGUGCUCACGCAACUGCUGACGGAGUUGGAUGGCGUUGAGACGCUGCAGAAUGUGACCAUUGUGGCCGCAACCAAUCGUCCAGAUAUGAUAGACAAGGCGCUGCUUCGUCCUGGACGCAUUGAUCGUGUCUGCUACGUGGGAUUGCCGGAAGCGGAUGCAAGGCGUGAAAUACUUAAGAUCAAGUUGCGUCAGAUGCCGUUGGCUGCAGAUGUGGAAGUGGACAAACUGGUGGAGCUAACCGAGGGCUAUUCGGGUGCCGAGAUUCAAGCCGUUUGCCAUGAGGCAGCACUAAGCGCAUUGGAGCAGAGCUUCGAGGCAGAACACGUGCGGUGGCAACACUUUGAGACAGCGCUGCAAAUGGUGCAACCACGCACAAGUCCCGAACUGUUGCGUCUUUAUCAGGACUAUAUGAAAAAGUAGCUAAUAAACAUUUGAUUUGUUUUGCAGCCCAAAAA